CCAGGGGCUUCGAUCUCCCCUUCCGCACGGCGGAUGAUGCUGGCCUGUCCCUGAUAAAAUAUGGAGAGUUUCUGUACGACAACUUGGUCAUCUUCUCCCCCUCCAUAGAAGAUUUUGGUGGAAACAUCAACGUGGAGACCAUCACUGCCUUCAUUGAUGGCGGUGGCAGCGUCCUUGUUGCUGCGAGCUCGGACAUAGGUGACCCGCUGCGAGAGCUGGGCAGCGAGUGUGGGAUCGAGUUUGAUGAGGAGAGGACAGCUGUCAUCGACCAUCACAACUAUGAUAUAUCUGACCCAGGCCAGCACACACUCAUAGUUGCGGACACUGAAAACCUCCUGAAGGCACCCACCAUCGUGGGGAGAGCAGCACUGAACCCCAUCCUGUUCCGAGGAGUUGGGAUGGUGGCUGAUCCUGACAACCCGCUGGUGCUGGAUAUCCUGACCGGCUCUUCCACCUCUUACUCCUUCUUCCCAGAUAAACCCAUUACUCAGUACCCACACGCGGUGGGGAAGAACACGCUCCUGAUUGCCGGACUCCAGGCCCGGAACAACGCCCGUGUGGUUUUCAGUGGAUCCUUGGAUUUCUUUAGUGAUGCCUUCUUCAAUUCUGCUGUGCAGAAAGCUACUCCUGGCUCCAAGAGGUACUCACAGACGGGUAAUUACGAGCUGGCCAUUGCCCUGUCCCGCUGGGUGUUCAAGGAAGAGGGAGUGCUGCGCGUCGGAGCCGUGUCCCACCAUCGCGUAGGGGAGCUCACACCUCCCAGUGCCUACACCGUCACCGACCUCGUGGAGUACAGCAUUGUCAUCGAGAAGCUUUCUGAUGGCAAGUGGGUCCCCUUUGAUGGAGAUGACAUUCAGCUGGAGUUUGUCCGCAUCGAUCCCUUUGUGCGGACCUUCCUGAAGAGGAACGGUGGCAAAUACAGCGUGCGUUUCAAGCUGCCGGACGUCUACGGCGUGUUUCAGUUCAAGGUGGAUUAUAACCGCCUGGGUUACACCCACCUCUACUCCUCCACCCAGGUGUCCGUGCGUCCCCUCCAGCACACGCAGUACGAACCCUCGGCGUACCCGUACUAUGCUGGCGCCUUCUCCAUGAUGGUCGGUCUCUUCAUGUUCAGCAUCGUCUUCCUGCACAUGAAGGAGAAGGAGAAAUCUGACUGA